GGGCAACUGGCAGCUGGAUUUCGGGAAGGGUUAUUAGGCAAAAAUAAGACAAACCGGACUUGUCCUCAUUUUAAUGGUGGAUGUAGAGUACUAAUACACGUUCACAUUCAUUACACCCGUCAAUCCUCACAGUGACUCUGCGGUAUAGUAGAGACUUAACACCAUUUUGCAUGUGAGGAAACAGAAACCUACUCAGGGUUUCCGAGGAAAACACCUCCACCUGAAGCCGGAGAAAGAACUGGGUCUCCAGACCUUGCUCAGCAAAUCCAGCCACGUGGCGGAGGGAGAGAGGAGGGCCUGGCGUCAGGUUACCAGGCAGCGCCCCUCUGUUCGGCCCACUGCCAAGCGCUCCCAGCAGCAGGCAUAAAAGCUCAGGCCGGCUGUCCUUGAGCACUUGUGCUGAACCCCACCGCGCGCGCUUUGAAUUUCCCAGCGGCUAAGCACGUCUCCUCUCUUGGUCGGUGUACCAGGCAGAAAGGCGCAGAGACCCAUCUGACGCAGGACUCCAGGCAGACAGGCUCCAGCAGAGGGUGGCCAGAUGUGGUGCCUGGAGCGACUCCGCUUGGGCCCUGAGCGCCUUCGGCGGGGCGGGGACUGGCUUCUCCCGGGUCGGGCCCGCGGAGCCAGGUCUCUCACCACCGCCGGGUGCGCAAACGUGCUCACCCCGGACCGCAUCCCCGAGUUCUGCAUCCCGCCGCGGCUCGAGCCCCGCCUGGCCUUGGCAGCUCUCCGGAAUUCUUGGAGUGAAGAAGCAGGGAGAGACGAAGGCGCGGGCCACACGGACUGGGACCCGCGCUCGCAGGCCGCGCUGUCGCUCUCACAUCUGCGGCGUGUGCGCACCACCUACGGCUUCUGCGCGCUGCUGGAGAGCCCGCACACGCGCCGCAAGGAGUCACUCCUGCUCGGGGGCCUGCCCGCGCCCUGGCCCCGGGCUCACACCUACGGCGGCGGCGGCAGCCCAGACGCCCCCCUGGGGACAAUGCGCGGCCCGCGAGCUCCGCUCCCGGCCACCCCGGCGGCCCCCGGUGGUCCCCGCCCGCCCCAGGACGCUCUCGCCCCGCGGCCCCGCGGCUGCCGCCUCCUGCGCGCCCCCAACAGGCUGCUGAGCCGCGCGCUGCGGGCGGGAAGGAGUCGCCGCCGGGCCCGGGCCCGCGCCCGCUCCGUCUCCAGCGGGAACGAGGACGAGGAGCGCCGCGCAGGCUCCCAGUCCCCGGCCCGGGCCCCUUCCGCCAGCCCCCCGUCGGCCCGGGCCCCGCUUCCCGAGCGCCUGGAGGCCGAGGGCACCGUGGCUCUGGGCCGCGCCGGCGACGCCCUGCGCCUGGCCGCCGAGUACUGUCCGGGAACCGGGCGCCUCCGCCUCCGGCUGCUCCGCGCCGAGGGCCUGGCCGGAGGCGCCCCCGUGCCCCGCGCGGUCCGCUGCCGCCUCAGCCUCGUGCUACGGCCGCCGGGCACCGCGCACCGGCAAUGCAGCGCCGUCGUGGGGCGCAGCCGCAAGGCCGCCUUGGACCAGGACUUCUACUUCGACGGCCUCUCGGAGGACGAGGUGCGCCGCCUGAUGGUUCGUGUGAAGGCUCGGGAGGAGGGCCGCGGCCGGGAGCGGGGCCGCCUGCUGGGCCAGGGCGAGCUGCCUCUGGGCGCCCUCCUGCUGCUCUGAGGGCCCGGCCUUCCCCUGGGCGCCCCCGACACUGACAGCUGCCUUGAAUAAAAUAAACGUGUAUAUGUUGUUCU